AUCCCCACACACUCGGACGCCUCUCGCGUAGAAAGAAAAAGCGAGUCAGCAAGAGAUCGAGACACCGACACAGCAAGAGAGAGCGUCAGAUCGAUCAGAGGCAGGCCGGCCGGCCGGCGUGGCGCGUGGGUGAAGGAGCGCCGGCGACGUCCCGCGGCGGCCGGCGGCCAUGGCGAGCGAGAGCAACGGCCACCACGCGGGCGGCGAGGCGCGCGCGGGGAACGGCGGGUCGGCCAAGAUGCCGGAGAUCAGGCACACCAAGCUCUUCAUCAACGGGCGCUUCGUCGACGCGGUCUCAGGUAAGACGUUCGAGACCAGGGAUCCACGCACCGGCGACGUGAUCGCCAGCAUCGCCGAAGGUGACAAGGAGGACGUCGACUUGGCGGUGAGGGCGGCGAGGGAAGCCUUCGACCACGGCGAAUGGCCUCGCAUGUCGGGAUCAGAGAGAGGGAGGGUGAUGCUCAAGUACGCGGAGCUGGUGGAGCAGCACGCGGAGGAGCUGGCCGCGCUGGAGAGCCUGGACGCCGGCAAGCCGCUGGCCGUCGCCAGGGUGGUCGACGUCGGCAACUCCGUCGACAGCCUGCGCUACUUCGCCGGUGCCGCCGACAAGAUCCACGGCGAGACGCUCAAGAUGUCGAGGCAGCUCCACGGGUACACCCUCCGCGAGCCCGUCGGCGUCGCGGGGCUCAUCGUCCCCUGGAACUUCCCGGCCAUCAUGUUCUUCUCCAAGGUCUCCCCCGCGCUCGCCGCCGGCUGCACCAUGGUCGUCAAGCCCGCCGAGCAGACGCCGCUCAGCGCCCUCUUCCUCGCCCACCUAGCCAAGCAGGCCGGAGUGCCAGACGGAGUGAUCAACGUGAUCACAGGAUUCGGUCCAACAGCAGGAGCUGCAAUUUCGUCUCACAUGGACAUUGACGUGGUGGCUUUCACGGGGUCCACGGAGGUUGGACGGCUCAUAAUGGAGGCCUCCGCGAGGAGCAACCUGAAGCCGGUGGCCCUGGAGCUCGGCGGCAAGUCGCCGCUCAUCAUCUUCGACGACGCCGACCUGGACAAGGCCGUCGAGCUCGCCAUCAGCGGGAACUUUUUCAACAAGGGAGAAGCCUGCUUCGCCGGGAGCCGCGUGUUCGUGCAGGAGGGCAUCUACGACCGAUUCGUGCAGAAGAUAGCGGACACCAUCAAGAAUUGGGUCGUCGGCGACCCGUUCGAUCCUCGCGUGAAUCAAGGACCUCAGGUGGACAAGAUUCAGUACGAUAGGGUGCUCAGGUACAUCGAGCACGGGAAGGCACAGGGGGCCACUGUUCUUACAGGAGGGAAGCCCUGUGGCAAGAAAGGGUACUACAUCGAGCCCACCAUCUUCACCGAUGUGAAGGACGACAUGAUCAUCGCGAAGGAGGAGAUCUUCGGGCCCGUCAUGUGCCUGAUGAAGUUCAAGACGGUGGAGGAGGCGAUCAGGAGGGGGAACGACACGAGGUACGGGCUGGCGGCGGGGGUGGUGACGAGGGACAUGGGCGUGGCGAACCGGAUGGCGCGGUCGAUCCGGGCCGGGGUGGUGUGGCUCAACUGCUACUUCGCCAUGGAGAGCACCUGCCCGUUCGGGGGCCGCAAGAUGAGCGGCUUCGGCAAGGACGACGGCAUGCACGCGCUCGACAAGUUCAUCGCCGUCAAGGCCGUCGUCUGCCCCGUCGACGCCUCUCCCUGGUUCUGACCGAGCAGUGUACGUACACAUGUUGUGACGUUCGCUUGGGUUGCCCUAGCCUUGUAACGGUGGAAGAUUAACCGAGUCAAUAAGCUUCGUUA